GUCCUGGCGUUGAGUUGUUGCGCACUGAGUUUGAAGAUGAAGCUCACAGUUUUCCUGUGUUUGGCCAUUGUCUUGGUCAACUUUCACAUUAUACAGGCCAAGAAGAAAGAGAGUCUUCUUGAUAAAUUAUUUAAUAAAAAUAAGAAUUCAAAGCCAAAACCAAACUCCAAUCAGUUUAACCAAAGAGGCUCCGUCCAUAAACAAAACACACCUGGAAGUCCCUACAACCCAAGGCCUCAGCAGCCAGCUCCAGGGCAUCCGGCACAGGGAGGGUACCCAGGACAAGGAGGGUACCCUGCACAAGGAGGGUACCCUGCACAAGGAGGGUAUCCUGCACAAGGAGGGCAUCCUGCACAAGGAGGGUACCCUGCACAAGGAGGGUACCCUGCACAAGGAGGGUAUCCUGCACAAGGAGGGUACCCUGCACAAGGAGGGUAUCCGGCACAAGGAGGGCAUCCUCCACAAGGAGGGUACCCAGGACAGGGAGGGUACCCUGCACAAGGAGGGUAUCCUGCACAAGGAGGGUACCCAGGACAGGGAGGGUAUCCAGGGCAAGGAGGGUACCCAGGACAAGGAUACGGAACUUAUGGAAGUUAUGGUGGAACAGGAGGGCAUGGAGGUGGUUACCCAGGGACAUACAUCAACCAAAACCCUAAUAAUCACAUCCUGAGCCCACACUACGGAGGCAGCUUUGGGUAUGGUGGCUAUGCUCCUGGAGGAGGCUCUCCAUUUGCACGCUCUGCCCAAGCGAUGGGCUAUGUUCCUUCUGAGAAGUCCAAAGGGUUCGGCCGCAAUGCAGUAAUGGCAGCAGCUGGGGGCGCUGUGGCAGGAAUGGCCCUAGGAUAUGGGCUUGGGAGGUUUCCCCGUCCACAUUUCCAUUUCCACAGUCCUGAAGAGGAGUACUACUACAAUUAUUACAUGUACAAAAGAUAUGGUGCGAGGUCCACUGACGCCAAUGACUUCAGUAGAGACUACAGCUACAAGGCACCUCCUGAGAGCUACGACACCUUUAUGAACACGUGCAUGAAAAGAAAAGACCUGCUUCCCACCCCAAAGAAGAGCAAACCGACUACUACCAAGAGUCCCACUACUACCACAACAUCCACUACAGCCACCACCACUACAGUCACCCCCUCCCAUCCCAACAACAUAACAGCAACAGCAAACCACUCAUCUACACUGCCAACAACCAGUGCAUCCCCAAAACCCUUUGAGGCCACCCACGGGCCCACUCCAGGGGUCCCAGCAGCCAUGGCGGUCCGUAACACAGCCGAGGACGAGGAUGACGACACAGUGAGUGUUGUGGAGAUUGGUUACCCAGCUCUGAUUGAACAGUUGAAGGUGAGGAGGUGUCUGGAGCUGUAUAUUGUUCAUUCUGAAAAGUACUUGAGGAAAAACACUACGCCCCGUCCCAGAGGAGGUGGGCAGCUGCAGACGGGCUCACACUGGAUCAUAUUUGUUCUCACCACUUCCAUCGUGAUAAUAAUGAACGGUCAAGUAUCACUGCUGCUGCAUUAAGGCCUGCUGCUUGUUUUCAGUUUAAAUGUGAUGUUGCACUCUUAGAUUCAGUUCUUUUAUUGAUUGUACUGUUUGUUUUGGGUGUUUUUUGUAAUAAAUAGAGAUAAUAAACAAAUUAUUUAACAGAUUAUUUACAGUAUUUGUUGAAUCUAUGACAAUAACCCCAUUAGAACACACACAAAACCUGCACAUUACAAUAGUAGUUCAGUCGUAAAUGCCCAAAACAAAUUUAUUGAAUGAUGACAGUACUAUUCAUGUUUUGUUUUUUGUUUUUUUAAUAAAACAAUGGAGCCUGUCUGCAUCACACUGUAUAUCAGAGCGCUAUAGCACAAUUUAAAUUCAUG